GAACGCCCUCGGCUAUCAUCGUUAUUAGUAUUGCUCUUGUCGGGCCUCAUCUGCUAUGGCAUCAGUGCCGCGGCGAAGUUCAUCCCCGGGGCGGACGGCCGCUUCGUUUCCGCUGAAGAGCCGAUGCUGGGCGUUGCCUCGGAUGAUGCGCUGCUCAAGGGCUCCAACGCCCAUCUUCCCAAGCGGCCCCGGAGAUGGUCGAUCCCGGCCCUGGUGUUGAUUAUUGUCCUUCGGCUGGAAGUCUUUCAUCUGGUAAAUAAGCAGCAGCAGUGUGCUACUCCUGGGCUCGAGUCCUUUCUGUGCAUAUUCCUCAUUGCAUACGAAAUCUUCCAAACCCGCCGCAGAUGGGGCUUCCCCGUCUCUGAAGACGACGAUGACCCCUGGCGCAGCAUCUUCGACGACAUCUACGACUGGUUCAGCGGCCCCCGCGUCGUCAUGUUCAACACCGUCGUCAGCGCCUUUGUCUUCUCCCUGGGGACGUACCUAUCCCUCUCCAACAUUCGGAGGUCGACGUACUUCUGCUUCCACCUCAUUGACAGCCGCUUCAAGACUGUCACUCUGCAGCUGUUUGGCCUUGUGCUUGACGCUGCCAUCAUCAUCUUGCUGUGGCGGCUGCUGGCCUGGGCGAGGACCAUCAAGCUGCGACUACGCGUUCUUAGCACGGUGCUGCUGUUAUCGUCCGCUUCGGUGGGACUUGUAUGGGUGGUCAACACGGUCUUCAGAGGCAGCCGUGGAGUGAGGGUCUCCGUCGGCUCCCUUUACGGGUUUGACGCCCUGGUGGACAGCUUUGCCUUUGCCUCUCUGCUCAUCUCGUCAAUGUUUUGGAUAUGCGAGACGUCGACCAUCACGCCCGUCAGCACCCUGACAUUUCUCGUAGGCAUUUGGAGCGCUUGCGACAAGAUCUUCCACUAUGGUGACUGGCUACACUUGUCGCGACUUGCUGCGCUAGGGCCCCUGUGGAUGAUCGUGGCCGGCGCCAUCGUCUUUCUCUACCUCCAUGACCUCCGCUCCGUCCUGUUCAUCCGACGGAUCCUGUUUGUGUUCCUCCUCCUGUCUCUCCUCUUGGCCACAACCAUCUUCAUCUUCGUAAAGAAGCCCGAAACCUUCCGCAACGGCAUCCAUCCUGCCAACAACCUCGUCUACACGGCCCAUGUCGAGCACGACCGCUGGAAGGCACUAGUCAGCGUCAGUGCGACGCUCUCGACGGCUGUCACCGUCUACCAGGAGCGACACAACGGGAGGCUGCCGCCCCCCAACUUCGACGCAUGGUACAAGUACGCCGCGGAUGACUCGGUAAUGAUUGACGAAUUCCAGCAGAUCGACCGUGACCUGGCCCCUUAUUGGAACGUCGCUCCCUCUGUGCUGCGCAAGAGGGCGGAUGAGAUGGCGGCGAUGCCCGACGUGGCCACCAUCGCCGUCAGGGAUGGCAAGGUCUCCCGCAAGGACACGGGACGCGCGGACGACAACGAGGACCUGGACGAGCUGAUUAGCAUGAUUGCCAAGUUCUCGCAGCACCUCCCCGACAUGGUCCUGCCCAUCAACCUCCUCCCGGCGCCCCGCGUGUUACCGUCGUGGGAGGAGGCCAACACCAAGAGCAGGGCUGCCCAGCUCAGCUCCGUGGCUGACUUAUUGACUCGGCGCUCGAUAGAAAAAGAGGCGGGCAGCGGCAACAACAAGAACGGGAACGGCAGCACGAUUGCGCCAGCGGAGCACGAGAAGGAAACGAUCGUCGAGCCCAGCACCCCAUCGCCUGCUCCCGCUGCUGCUGCUGCUGCUGCUGCCGCUGCCCCUAUUCCUCCUCCUCCUCCUGGUGUCUCAACGCCAGGAAUAUCGGCUAGUGAUUUGCGUCGGAUGAUGGUCGACGCCUGCUCCCCCCUGUCGCGGAGUCGGACGAGGCCUCACUGGAAUUUCAUGGAGUUCUGUUGGUCGUGCGCCAAGGACCACACGUACGGCCAACUCCUGGCAAAGUGGCAGCAGUCGCUCGACACCUGCGCCCAGCCAGACCUGCGGCUGCUGCACGGCUUCUCGCUCACGGAUCCGCCGCGGGCGCCGCUCCGGCACCUGGCCCCCCUGUUCGGGGCGUCCAAGACGGACGAAUUCGGCGACAUUGUGAUACCGCUGCCCAGGACGAGGCUGGAGCAGCCCGACAUCAAGUGGCAGUUUACACGAAGAUACGAUAGUCUGGUCUGGAGAGGGGUCGUGGGGGAACACGCGGCGCCCAAUAGUCAGGCCCUGCGCGGGAGCCACAAGUAUCGCCUGCUGCACCUCGCCAGCGCGCCGUACGCGCGCGACGACGUCGUCAUGGUGCUCCCCACGCCCGGCGACCACGACACGUUUGGCUACGAGAGGGUGUCGGCCGCCGAGGCCAACGCCGUGGUGCCCUUUAGCGUGGGCGUGACCAACUCGACGCCGUGCGCCGGCGAUGAUGGCUGCAGCCUCGUCCAGAAGGCGUACGGGCUCCGCGACGAGGCCGUCGAGCCGCUCGAGUACCGCUACGUGCUCCUCAUGGACGACGACGACGGCCCGCCGCAGCAGCAGCUCCUCCGCACCCUGCGCUCCAACAGCGUCCCGCUCGUGUCCACCAUCUUCCGCACGUGGUACACCGAGCGGCUCAUGCCGUGGCUGCACUUUGUCCCCGUCGACCCGCGCUUCCAGGCGCUGCACACGACCUUCGCCUACUUCUCCGGCACCGUCGACCGGCCCAAGGUCAACGGCAGGGACACGGCGCUGCAGGGCAGGACCGCCGACGCCGAGUGGAUCGUCCAGCAGGGACAGAAGUGGGCUGCUCAGGCGCUCCGGGGCAAGGACAUGGAGAUUUAUCUCUUCCGCCUCCUGCUCGAAUGGGGGCGCCUCAUUGACGACAAGAGGGACGACCUGGGAUUCCGCAAGGAUGACAAGGGCGCGUUCCGGAGCGACGCCUGGACCCGGCUUCAAUAA